AUGAAUCGAGGCAAAACGAACAACAACAUUUCACGAAGCGGCGGGCACUCGCUGUUCUGCCUUCAUACGAAUCAAUUCAGGGGUGUCAGAAAAGAAACCUGCGAUUGGCGUCGUCCAAGCGAGUCAAGACGAAGCCAAAACAACCUCACAAAAAAGCAGUCGUCUGCUGAAAAAUCGAUUGACAUCGUCGAUGUGCCAUCGAAAAUGAUCCCGGAUUUAUUUACAAUCGUCUGGGAAAAGUCGACUGGACCCAUGAUGUUGGAAUCGUCGUCGUUCGAGAGCGGCAAACAAACGACGUCCCGGCUCCUAUUCUCUUUGGACGGUCAACAGCUUCGUAAGGAGAACCUUUUCUACUGCAAAGGCAAGGUCCUCAAGUUUUACUCAGGCAAAACUGAGAGUCGUCCAUGGCGAAAGCAGUUAGCAAUACACAGCAAAGAUGAGCAACGUCCAGCAAUAUACUACGCCACAACCAGCACUGACAAAUUGCUCCUGCGAAUCGAGGAGUCGAGUCGAGACGACACGAAGGAGUCAAAGUUGAGGAGGAUCGUCGAUAACGCCACCUUGCGUCAGUGCGGUGCGGUUGAUUCGCUUGUUAUGACGUACUGGCGGCCGUUUUCAGACGACUCUUUUGAAGAACUGACAGCUUUCACCGAUGCUCCUAUAGUUCAUUUGUCGCCUGAUAUUGCUGCCGAUUUUAGAUCAUCGUUGAUCAUCGUCUCAUUGGUUUAUUUUUGCUUACCCGUGCCAACGGCCGGAUGCUUCGCCGUGUCAUCGACUACCUGA